AUGUUGUAUAAGUCAAAUUUGGAAAAUGGUAGAGAACAAGUUGCUGUGUACGAUGGCCUUGGUACUGUCAAACUGCAUAAAGGCGACUAUAGAAAUGCAAUCUUAUUUUUCGAAAAAGCACUGGAAUUGAUCAAGGAAGUUUAUGGGUCGGAUUGUACAAGUACGUCUUCGUUGUUAGGAAACUUGGCUUUGGCACACGCAAACAUGGGAGAUUAUCAAUGUGCACUAGCAUUCUAUCGGGAAGCGCUUAACGUUUUCGAGAAACGUCCCAUUUCUGCUUCUCUUGGGAUAUAUUCGUUGUAUCUCAACAUGGGUAUUUUGUAUACGAAUAUCGGUGAAUAUUUAAAUGCGCUGUCAUUUCUUGAAAAAGCACUGGAAAUCGGUAAGAGUAAUCUGCCUGAAAAUUAUCCUGUGCUGAGUAAUAUCUACAACUCUAUCGGUGACGUUCAUAGAAUACUUGGAAACUAUUCAAUAGCAGUUUCGUAUUUUCAAAAAGCUUUGCAGAUUCGAGAAAAAACGCUUCCAUCAGAUCAUCCAGCACUGGCAACAAUUUACAAUAAUAUUGCUGUAGUAUACCGAUGCAUGAAUGAUAACUCCAGUGCACUGGCACUCCUUAGAAAGGCGAUCGAAAUCAACCAAAAAGCAUUUGGUCCGUCUCAUCCUAGCUUGGGUGGUACAUAUUUGUCCAUAGGUGCUGUAUAUAAUUCGAUGGGGGAUCAUUUCAACGCACUUUCUCAUUCUGAAAAAGCCUUGGAUAUACUAAAACAAACUCUAUCCCCACAUCAUCAUCUUUUAGCUGCUAUUUUAAACAAUAUCGGAUUCGCUCAUCAAGGUUUACGGAACUAUUCGACUGCGUUGUCUUAUUAUCAAAAAGCAUUGACUAUUCAACAGCAGUGCCUUCCUCCAGAUCAUACUGACAUGGCCGGGGCCUACAAUAAUAUGGGUGGGUGCAAGCUACGCGUAGGAGAAGUUGAUGAAGCAAUUUCAUAUUUCAAAAAGGCACUUGCCAUACGACAAAAAUGUCUACAUCCUCUUCAUCCUAGUAUGGCUCUAAUCUAUCGAUCUAUGGCUUGUGCGUAUAUAGAAAAAGGCGAUUAUUCUAACGCACAACUAUUCUUAAUGAAAACUAUCGAAAUUCUUCAAAGAAUCCCUCAAUCUAACAAUGAUGACCUUGCUAAUGUUUACAAUCAAAUGGGUAAUACAUAUCAAAAAAUGGAAAAUUAUACGGAUGCACUGAUGUUCUAUAGAAAAGAGUUGGAUAUCAGGAAGAAAAACCUGCCACCUGAUCACCUUGAUCACGACGGUAUUUGCGUACAUGUUGGACGAAAGCAACUUGUUACAAAAGAGAAUUCUAAUGCACAGCAGUCUUCUCAAACAACUUUCGAAAUGAAUGAGAAAUCAUAUCAGCAGGCUUACCGUAGUGUUGCUAUCGUAUACAAAAAUAUGGGGCUUGCGUGUACUAAGAAUAAAGAUUAUUCGAAUGCCCGCGCCUUUUAUCAGAAGACAUUGGAGCUAGAGGAGAAAUUUACUCCUCCGGAUGACUAUGAGCUAAGUGUCACUUAUAGUGGUCUUGGUAUUCUACACAUGGCUCUUGCCGAAUACUCAACUUCAUUAUCGUUUUUUCAAAAAUCAUUGGAAAUUCGAGAGAAAAUCUUUCCUGCGAAGCAUCCAAAAAUCCUCAAACCUUACAGUAAUCUGGCUGUGUUAUAUAAGUGUAUGAAAAACUACUCCGCUGCACUGUCAUUUUUCCAAAAAGCUCUGGAAACCGACUCCAACAACUCGUUUGAGAAUCAGUUGAUACGGAUCAAUGUUUACUCACAUCUGCAUGAUAUCUAUCGUUUAAUGGGAGACAACGGUAUGGCAAUGCUAUAUGCACAGCUCGUUGUGAACUCAAGUGAGGACCGCAAAUGA